GCUCACCAUUUCCUGCAGGAGCACGUUGCCAUCUUUGGUCAGCUUGAUGUCUCCGGCGCCCGAAACCAGCCUGCGAGCGACACCAGGAGGGGAUCAGCCCGUGCCGUUGUAUUUAUGUGACUGAAGGUCUCAGCUGAUCCGUUCUUUUCUUGUGCAGCCAAGAGGUUUGCAGCAGCACCACCGGCCACGGCCAGUACAAUACUUAAGAAGGUUCCUAAAAGGAUGGCGUCUCUUCUGGAGAUGAAAGAAAUCUUCCGCAAUGCUGAUGCAGUGUGCUUUGAUGUGGACAGUACAGUCAUCAGGGAAGAAGGCAUUGAUGAGCUUGCAAAGUUCUGCGGAGUUGGAGAUGCCGUCGCAGAAAUGACCCGCAGAGCUAUGGGUGGCACUGUGACAUUCAAAGCAGCUUUAACAGCACGACUAGGUCUCAUACGACCCUCCUACGAGCAAGUGCAAAAAUUAAUAUCUGACAAUCCACCUCAGCUAACGCCAGGAAUACGGGAGCUGGUGAACAGGCUUCAUCAACGAGGGGUACAGGUCUUCUUGGUCUCCGGGGGUUUUCAGAGCAUCGUGGAACAUGUGGCCUUGCAGCUGAACAUUCCAACAGCAAAUGUCUUUGCCAACAGGCUGAAGUUUUACUUUAAUGGAGAAUAUGCAGGAUUUGAUGAAACACAACCAACAGCUGAAUCAGGGGGGAAAGGAAAAGUUAUUACUCAUCUGAAAGAACAGUUCCAUUUCAAGAAAGUAGUUAUGAUUGGAGAUGGAGCUACAGACAUGGAAGCCUGUCCCCCUGCUGACUGCUUCAUUGGAUUUGGAGGAAAUGUAAUCAGAAAGCAAGUAAAGGAGAAAGCUAAAUGGUACAUUACUCACUUUGAUGAACUGCUAAAGGAACUGGAAGAACGAUAAAUUAUACAGUAAAAUAAUAUAUUUAACAACUAUAAGUCAAUUAUACAAUGUAAUUAAACAUAUAUUUGUUUGCAAA